AUGGACAAGGGAAAUUCCAGCGUCCUAAAUGACUCCAGCGACCCGCUCUUCCAUGUUUGCUGGGGUCGACAGUCGUGUUCAAGCUGCCUGACUGGUGAUGUUGCCUGCAGCUGGUGUGCUAUAUCCUCGACGUGUGUUCCUAACCCAUCCCGGAUUCCAAUAUUUGCGCCCUUCGGCUCAGAAAACAUCUGCCCCCUUGGUGCCAAGGAGAGAUGGGAGCUAAGAGCUCUGCCAUUUGGGUGCCAUGCUAGCACCUUGACUGUCGUAUCAGUAAUGGGUGCUGUGCUUGCGAUACUGGCGUUGGGCGUGGUAGGGGUUGGAUUGCUGUGGCUUGUGCGCCGGGCCCGGUGGCGUUGGAAGGAGGCCGAGUAUGAACGGGCUGACGAGGAAGAGCAGGGGUCAUCAAGGUGGCGAGAUUGGAUUUUGGGGGUUGGGUCCUUUGUUGGCCUCUUUUCUCAAUCGAGUCGAUCAGAGGAUCAGACUGGAGUGGAGGAAGAAGGGGAGUCAAGGCCACUGUUGGAGUAG